AUGCUGUUCAUCUUUGAUGGUUUUGACGAGAGUCGACUUCAGUUGGAUUUUUCUAAGAGUGAUGUGACCAAAACAUCAUCAGUGAAUAUGCUGAUAUCAAACCUCAUCAGAGGAAAUCUUCUUCCCUCUGCACUCAUCUGGAUAACCUCCAGACCAGCAGCAGCCAGUCAGAUCCCCUCUCAGUUCAUCAGUCGUGUGACAGAAGUCCAAGGAUUCAGUGAUUCACAGAAAGAGGAAUACUUCAGAAAAAGAGUCAGUAAUAAGAGUCAAGCCAACAGAAUCAUCUCACACAUCAAGACAUCAGUGAGUCUCCACAUCAUGUGUCACAUUCCAGUGUUCUGUUGGAUUUCAGCCACUGUGCUUCAGGAAAUGCUGCGUCAAGACAAUGUAAAAGAGAUCCCUAAAACUCUGACUGAGAUGUACACACACUUCCUGCUCAUUCAGACUAAAGUGAAGAAGCAGAAAUAUGAGGAUAAAAUUGAGACAGACUCAAAGAUUCUUCUGGAAUCAAGCAAGGAGAUCUUUCUGAAACUUGCUAAACUGGCUUUUAAUCAGUUGCUGAGGGGCAAUGUCAUGUUUUAUGAAGAGGAUCUGAGAGAAUGUGGCAUUGAUGUGAGUGAGGCCACAGUGUACUCUGGGAUUUGUACUGAGAUCUUUAAGGAGGAAUCUGUGCUUCGUCAGAAGAAGGUCUACUGCUUUGUGCAUCUGAGUGUUCAAGAGUUCUUUGCUGCUCUCUAUGUGUUUUACUGCUACGUAAACAAGAACAUGGAGGCACUGGAGUAUUUUCUGAAGGAAAACACGAGACCUUUGCCAGACAAUGUUCCCUUGGAUGAGUUGCUGAAGAAAGCUGUAGAUAAAUCUUUGGAGAGUAAGGAUGGACGUCUCGAUCUGUUUGUCCGCUUCCUCCAUGGCAUCUCACUGGAGUCCAACCAGAAACUCCUACAAGGCCUGCUGACACACACACAGAACAACCAGCGGAGCAUCAAGAAAAUAAGCCGUUACAUUAAAGAGUUAAAUAAAGAUGGUGUCCCACCUGAGAGAUGGAUCAAUCUACUGCACUGCCUGACUGAAAUGAAUGAUCACUCUCUCCAUGAAGAAAUUCAAGCUUUUGUCAAGUCUGAAAAUUACACAACUGAACUCUCACUUGCACACUGCACAGCACUGGCCUACAUGAUUCUGAUGUCAGAGGAGGAGCUGGAUGAGUUUGACCUGAAGAAAUACAAGACAUCAGAUGAGGGUCGUAGGAGACUGCUCCCAGCUGUGAGGUGCUGCAGAAAAGCUCUACUCAGAGACUAUAACCUCACUCAGCAGUCCUGUGAAACUAUCGCCUCAGCUCUGAAGUCAGUGAACUGCCCCCUGAGAGAACUGGACCUGAGAAGCACUGGUCUUCAGGAUUCAGGAGUGAUGAUGCUCUGUGCCGCACUAAAGAAUCCAAACUGUCAACUGGAAAUACUGAGGUCAAUCAAAGCUGGGUCUGAUGACAAUAGUAAGCUUGUCUCCCAGCAGUACAGGCUGUAUGGUGUUGAAUGCACUGGAGAAGUCAAAGAACAUGACUCUCACAGUGCUCCCAGCCUUGUCCAGAUGAGAGCAGGCUCGGUGCAGCAGGUAUAUGAUGGCAUCCUCCACUCCGACGUGUUCCUGCUCCGCUGUGACCGAGAGUAUGACGUCACCCGCUGUGUUCGCGUCGGCGGAUGGCGGAACAUAAACAGUGAUCAUUAUAACUGCGAACCCCCUCCUUUCCUCUUAGCGCUCUUCUUUCGCUCUCUGUCUGCCCGUAUCGUCUGGAAGCCGGUGACGGGUUGUAAACUCACUGAACAGUCCUGUUCAUCUAUAACCUCAGUUCUACAGUCAGUAAACUGCCCCCUGAGAGAACUGGACCUGAGUAACAAUGACCUUCAGGAUUCAGGAGUGAAGUUUCUCUGUGUGGGACUGAAGAAUCCACACUGUAAACUGGAGAUACUGAGACUUGCUCUCUGUAAACUCACUGAACAGUCCUGUUCAUCUGUAGCCUCAGUUCUACAGUCAGUAAACUGUCCCCUGAGAGAAUUGGACCUGAGUAACAAUGACCUUCAGGAUUCAGGAGUGAACUUUCUCUGUGUGGGACUGAAGAAUCCAUACUGUAAAGUGGAGAUACUGAGGUUGUCUGGUUGUUUAGUGACAGAUGAAGGUUGUUCUUCUCUGGCUUCAGCUCUGAGUUCAAACCCCUCACACCUGAGAGAACUGGAUCUGAGCUACAAUCACCCAGGAGACUCAGGAGUGAAGCGUCUCUCCACACAGAUGAAUCAACACUGUCGACUUAAGUCAGUACAUGUGGACCAUGGAGGAGCAUUCAUGAUCAAACCAGGAUUAAGAAAAUAUGCCUGUGAUCUCACACUGGACCCAAACACAGUAAACACACGACUCUCUCUGUCUGAGGGGAACAGAAAGGUGUCAUGUGUGGGAGAGAAACAGUCGUAUCCUGAUCAUCCAGAGAGAUUUGAUGACUAUCCUCAGGUCAUGUGUAGAGAGAGUCUGACUGGACGCUGUUACUGGGAGACUGAGUGGAGUGGAGAUGAUGCUGAUAUAUCAGUGACAUAUAAAGGAAUCAGGAGGAAAGGAAACAGUGAUGACUGUGUGUUUGGACUCAAUGAAAAGUCCUGGAGUCUGUGUUGCCGUGGUAACAGUUACUCUGCCCUUCACAAUAAACAUAAAACUGUCAUACCUCACCACCCCUCACACACACACAGAGUAGGAGUGUAUCUGGACUGGUCGUCUGGAACUGUGUCCUUCUACAGCGUCUCCUCUGACACACACACACUCACACACUUACACACAUUCCACUGCACAUUCACUGAACCCCUCUAUGCUAGCCAGUCUGUGGACACAGUGACCUACUCCACUGUAAGAACAACAGGACAACAACAGCAGGAUCGCCAUGACAACCCCAGUGACCACGACCCCAGUCACCUCUACACUGUUAUCAAUAAGAAGCAAUGA